AACAACAGCAAGAAACAAGAAACAAGAAACAAGAAAGAGCCACAAGUUCAAGUAAAUCCACAGAUAUUUCGCUCCUAGUCCACAUAUGCAUAUAUAUUUGUGCGGCUCCCCGUGUGUCCUGUGCGUAUCCGUGUGUGUAUCUGUGUGUAUAAUGCGUAUGUAAUCCAAGCAAAUCUGUCACGUGUUUCGGAUAUCUUUUUUGGGAAGCCCGGAGCUGAGGCCAAAGGAAUUUAUUGAAAAAAGAUAAACCCCGAAACCUAGAGAAGAGACAGAUGUUGCUUUUCGUGGCGGCGGAGCAGCCCCAAAACAUGGCCAAGAGCCAGCGUUUAUUUAUGGCCCAAAGAGGAGAAAUCACAUUAGAUGCAAACUGCCUGUCGAAAUGAACAACGAAAAGAAAUAUUAAAUAAAAACUAGCGCCAUAAAAUUGCCCAUAAAACAACAGGGAAAACCCAGGCUAAACCGUCCGCAAAUAUCAAAAAAUAUAUAUUAAAAUAAAACGAAGAAAAGAGCACGAGAACGAAACUAUUAUUUGACAAACUGUCAGCGGAGCUCAGUCGAAGGUGAAAUUUGUGAACGUUGGCGAAAUUCUCGAGUGAAAUCUCUGCUGUUUAUGCCCGUUGCGUAUACGCCGCGUUGUCAGGCGCUGUUCCGCUGUUUCAGCAGUAUAUAUACUCCGCAUCUCGCGGGCGGAGGUGUUAAAUGCCUUCACAUAUCUCUGGUGCGGCCCGGGCCGCCUUCUGCUCUCCACCAACAACCACAUCCGCCGCCAUCCGCCUGUGAAAGUGCCGAGCUGUGCAUUAUUUCCGCGUAAGUGAACAUUUUUGCCCCCGUCCCCAGGAGACUACUCCCCCCAUACGAGUGUGUUGACUCUGCCGCUGAACGGCAUGCGCCUCUGGAGGAAUCGUCGAAGUCGCAGCAAAAUGCAUACCCUCGAAACGGGGCCCUGGUCCGUCCAUGGGCCACAGUUGACGCAGCUGCUCCUUGGCGGGAUACUCUGCAUGACAAUUGCCUCGAACACACAGACGUCCGCAGAGGCCACAGGAGCGCAGGAGACAGGAGCAGCAUCAGCAGCAUCAGCAGCCACCGUCAUCAGUUUCGAUGGGAGCAGCGACCCAUCAUCAGCCUCAUCCUCAUCCGCAUACUCGGCGACCGCAUUCUCCAGCCUUGCUCAAGUGUCCUCGCUGCUGCCGGAGGCGGCCGCCCUGUCGGCGACAGCAGCCCUGGUGGAACCAUAUCUGGAUGGAUAUGCCACCUCCAAUGUGACCACUCAGAUCGGUACACACGCGUAUCUCCCUUGUCGGGUCAAACAACUGGGCAACAAAUCUGUUUCCUGGAUUCGACUGCGCGAUGGACACAUCUUGACCGUUGACAGGGCGGUCUUCAUAGCCGAUCAGCGUUUUCUGGCCAUCAAGCAGCCGGACAAGUACUGGACGCUGCAGAUAAAAUAUGUACAGGCCCGUGAUGCCGGGUCCUACGAGUGCCAGGUCUCCACAGAGCCCAAAGUCAGUGCGCGUGUCCAGCUGCAAGUUGUGGUGCCCCGCACGGAGAUACUGGGCGAACCAGAUCGCUACGUGAAGGCUGGCAGCAAUGUCGUCCUACGCUGUAUUGUCCGUGGCGCCUUGGAGCCGCCCACCUUCAUCAUGUGGUACCAUGGGGCCGAGCAACUGGCAGCGGACUCGCGACGCCAUCGCACGCAAUUGGAUCCCAAUCUACCGGAGGCCACUGGCGAGGGACAGAGCACGAUUGGCUCAUUAAUCAUCGAGUCGGCCAAGAAGCGCGAUACUGGCAAUUACACAUGUAGCCCGUCGAAUAGCCCCAGUGCGACCGUAACACUGAACAUAAUAAAUGGUGAAUCAUCUGCAUCGGCGGUCACCUCAUCGGCAGCCACCACACGGGCCUAUGCCCUAAGCAUCCUCGCCCUGCUGCUCAGCGUCAUCCUCAUCGGUGUGGGCCAUCGGACAUGACAUGUCAACGGAGCGAGGCCAAACUAAGGAGUGAAUCCAGAACUCUGCCAAUAUGAAAAAACCAACCCCAAUUUGAUAAGCAUUAAAAAGCAGAAUGAAGUGAAAGGAAAUUAAAUCAGAUAAAUACACAUAAUAAUCGAGUGCAUGUUGUAAGCUAGUUGAUUUUAUCUACUGACUAAUAACUCAAGAAACGUAGGGAAGGAAGGAUAAAUCCGUAAGUCCCUGGACACACACACACACACACACACACACACCCUCUCUCUCCCUCUCUCCCACUCUCUCUCUCUAUCUAUGUAGCUGUCUAGCCCCCAAGACAUUGCAGCUAAUUGUAAGUUCUACGAGCUCUAAGCGAAAACUAGUCCGUAAGCACCAGCCCCCACAAAUCCACAAAUCUCCCACUAGUCUUAGGCCUGAUUUCUGUCAUAAAUUUAAUUUUUUGGGUUUUGUCCGUUCGGGUUUCCUUUUGUUUGGCUUUCGCAUAAAUGCAUAACCGUAAAUAUUUAUGCACU